CUCCGGCGAUCCAGUUCUGCGGCAGCCUUCGUGCGCGUCGGUUGCGCAGCGCCUCGUGGUUCAACGCGUUCGGUGACGCGAUCUUUUACGCACCCCGAAGUUAAAAUUUCACUCAACGUGAAGUGAAAAUAUCGUAGGAAGUAUACGCAGUGAAAACUAGUAAAAACUGUUACACACAGUACUGAAACAUUGUAAUUUAAUUAUUUGGUGAAGAAUCUUAACACAAACAUAAGAUUUUACUUUUCUUUUCGCGUGAGUUGACGAAUUUUAUCGGAGUGAUAACGCGCAAACCUGUUUUAUUCGCAGCGCAGCGGACGAUAACAACACACAUUUUGUGAUUUAUGCAGUGCGUUUGUUUAGUGUUUUGACAAAAAAACAAAAGUUGUUUUGGUUUGGCUCGUGUGGAUAUUUGGAUAUAUCGUUGGAUUAAGCAGUGUGACAUCGUGAAAACACUAAGCGUUGGGAAUCAGUGUGAAAUGUGAUGUGACAAACGUCUUGAGAUACGAACACCCCUGGAGCGGAGUCACGCCAUCAUCCCUUCACGAUGUCGACCGGAAUAUCUCUGGCGAGCGCUUUUUUGCUCCUGCUGCGAUUCACAGCCUUCGUUGAGGCCAAUCUAGAUCUUGAACUGGAAAAUCCCGAAGCAACAAAACCAUCAACACCUACAGACGUUGAUGAUUCCUUAAUGUUGAAUAUGGAAUCGCCGAUAUUUUUGGCUGAGCCAAAAGACGCGUAUAUUGUAAAAAAUCGCCCGGCGACUUUGCACUGCCGCACUGCGCACGUGCUGCGCGUGCAUUUCAAGUGCAACGGUGUCAAAAGUCUUGACACCAAAACCAUAGACUUUGUCGAACCGAUGCGCGGCGUGCGUAUCAUCGAAGCCGAGGCGAAUGUCACGCGCGACAUGGUCGAGGAGUUCUUCGGCAAGGAAAAGUUCAAGUGCGAGUGUCAUGCGUGGAGUGGUCGUGGCGAAAUCAAGAGUUCAGCUGCCACUGUUGAAGUUGCCUAUUUAAAGAAGCAAUUCGAAGAGAAUCCGAAUUCUGUCAAAGUUGAACACGGUAAUCAACUGGAGCUGCGUUGUGCAGCCCCGCAAGGCUUACCAAAACCAAGCAUUUCAUGGCUGAGAGGUGGGCAACCUUUGCAGACAGACACAUCCGUAAUCGUCACCACGGAGGGAAAUCUACUUAUAAGUCAGGCCAGGACUCAGGAUACAGGAAACUAUACUUGUGUGGCGGAGAAUAUCGCUGCCAAACGAACUGCACCAUCGGCGAUGAUCACCGUUGUGGUGAACGGUGGGUGGUCGCCGUGGUCCGAGUGGCAGCUCUGCCAUUGUCCGGGGGGCGCCGCGUUCUCCGCCGGCCAGAAGCGCACCCGCGCGUGCAUCAGCCCGCCGCCGAGCAACGGCGGUCUCGACUGCGUCGGCGUCAACGUGCAGAAGACGAAGGAAUGCCGCGACUGUCCGCCAGAGGAGCUCAUCCUGGAUACGAUUUAUGAGUUUGACGAUAACGAUUUGUCGUUGAUGGAGCCGAAAUGGUCCAGCUGGAGCGACUGGUCGGAGUGCAGCUCCAAUUGCACGAAGACUCGCCGGCGGUACUGUAUUACCAGGAGGUGCGUCGGGAAGGAUAUUCAGGUGUCACCUUGUUCCACUGAAAGAGGAACGGAGUGUGUUGCUACGAAGGUGGAGAAUGUUCGUGAAGAAAAUCUUUCAAAUACUCAAUCGGACAUCUAUUUCUACAUCAUCAUAUUUUGCGUCAUCUUCUUCGCAGCUUUGGCAUCUUAUGGAUUGGUGAGAUUCUAUAGAAGGAAAGGAAAUCAAUCGGAUUACAGCACUGGAUCCAAUGUUUAUCAUCCGGAAUAUUAUCAGGAGCAGGAUAAGAAGUCGCUUAACUUGCAACCGGACCUGACUCAAACCGGAGGAUUACCAUGUUAUGAAUAUCCAUAUACCACACCUGCUACAUCUGUGACCCGUUCGGCAUCCGAGCAUCACUACGAUGUACCUCAUCUUGCUUCGGCUUCUGAUAUUCAAAUCUCACCGACUACCAACUCUACUCUGGAAUCUUCAAGUGGAAAAAGGAGUCAACUCAGUGGUUUUACCAAUAAUUCUGAUUCUACGUAUGAGGUAGCAACUGAUCCUUCAGCUCAGCCAUUUCCGGCCGCAUACGCCAUUACUCCAACAACUGGAGAAAACUACGCGAAAGCCAACAUCUCAAGUAAUGGAGGAUCUCUUCACCUGAGAGAAUGUUCAGUGAGCCUUAUCGUCCCUGAACAUACCGUCGCUGGUCCACGCUCACAAGAAUUAUUCCUCUCGAUUCUGAAUGAAGACUGCUUUAGACCGAAACUUUCCGCUGAUCAUACACAACUCACGCCGGUUAUCUCCUGUGGUCCAAACGUCACUUUAAAGAAGACUAUCAUUCUCAAGGUUCCACACUGCGCCGAAUUGAUUCAGAACAAUUGGACGAUUAGCAUUCUUCAAAGCGAUUGUAGUAACUCACAUUGGCAAACCGCUGUUACCCUCGGUCAGGAAACCGUUAACAGUAGUGUUUUCUGCCAGAUUGACAAAGACGCUGCUUAUCUCAUGGUUGACAGUUUGGCACGAUACGUCAUGGUUGGUAAAUCUACCAACGGCAAUGCUGUGAAGAAACUGAAGCUGGCACUUUUCGCACCGAAGCUAUGCUUUCAAUCAUCUGGUGAUUAUAGCAUCCGCGUUUAUGUGCUUGAGGACCUCGAAAGCGCAAUGGAGACAGUUUUCGGGCAGGAGAAACGCCUUGGAGGUUUCCUCAUCGAUCAACCCCGACCGAUCAACUUUCAAGAUGGUGGACAGCCGCUUUGCUUGCAUAUGGAGAGUGUUAGCGAGGGGUGGAAGUCGAAACCGAGCACGGCCUAUCAGGAAAUCACUUUCCAAGAGCUCUGGCAGUCGAGCAGCAACAGCUUACACUGUCUUUUCACUCUGGAAUCGCUCGAUAUCAAUCGCCUGCUUAACUUUAAGCUACGCGUGAACCAAAACGGCUUCGAUAAUCAUCAAUUCUUUGACAUUACGUGUCGCGAUGAUGACGCUUCGUCUUCGAUGAGGACGAACUCUGCAAAGACUUACAAUGAGAGUUUGCCCAAAGUAAUGCUGCACAGUGAAACAUCGCGUUCGAGCGACUCGCCAAAAAGCUAUAAACCAUUAAGCCAAGAAGACUAUGUUAACUCCCCUGCAAAGAGUGUAAAGAGCGAAAAGAUUCCUAAGAAUUUGAUUGUGACCGAGCGAGGCAAUGUCGCCACCUCGGACGAUUUCAACUUCCGCAUGAGCAAGUCGUUGAGGAGACAGCUCUGUUCGUGUUUGGACACGCCCCAGAAGCGCGGCAACGACUGGCGGAUGUUAGCAAAGGCGCUGUGCGUCGACAGAGGCUUUAUCUACUUCGGAACGAAGUCUUCGCCAACGGAUUGCAUUCUAGAUCUGUGGGAAGCACGCAAUCGGCAGAACAACGCGCUCACGGACCUGAUUCGCAUCUUAAGAGACAUGGAUCGCUCCGAUGCGGCGGGAAUUCUGGAGAAAACUCUUGGACCGAACUGGUUAUAAGCCAAUUUCCUUAGCACUGCCAAAAUAUUUAUCAUUUACUGCUAGAUUGUUCUGCACAGACAGAAACAAUCGUGGAGUUUUCUGGGAACAGUUUUGGUCAACACGUUUUGAUCAAAUCGUUGUUUUUAACGUGUGAUUGAGUAAUUUUUAUAUAUUUUAUAAGGACGUUCUUUUCUACUUAUCUUUUGACUAUUUUAUCGUGUUGUACAUAAUUUCGAAACACGAUCGUUUUUGCCUUUAUAUGAUUACGAAUCGAAAUUUAAAAGAACAUUUGCAAUGAAAAUGAAUCGAAAGGAAAAAAUCUUGUGCAAUUUGAAAUUUAACCUAUUAUUAUUAACAAUUGAGAUAUAUUUGUCACUUGUUAAAAUUGCAAAACAGCAGUGAAACAAAAUUUGCGACUUUCUUCAAUAGAACAGAAAUAUAAACAAUAAUAAUGUAUAAAAAGAAGUGAAACACUAGCCAAUGAAACAUUUAAAACGUAAGAAUCUCAUAACCAUAGGUAUUUUGUACCAAUUGAAGACAAACGUAAUUUUAUUAAAUCAAAAGUAGUUUUUUAGGCGUUUUAGCAUUGAGGAAAGAAAUGAUUGUAACGCAUGCAAAGUACACAAUGCAUCGCAAACACAAAAACCGAAAACAAUUUUGUACAAAAUGAAACGACUAUGUAUAAUGAAUGAAAAAUGAUAUGUAUAAUUAUUACUAUAUAAUUAUAUUAGUAUGUAAUGUAGGACUAGUUAUUAUUUUGUUUUAUUCUUUCAUUCAUGAUGACAACCAUCAAAUUGAGAAUAUUAGCGAUAUUGUAACGCAUUCAUUGUGACGGCAAAAAAUCUACUACUUACCUAUACGUUUAACGGCAAACUGAUGUAUUUUAGAAGUAUAUUUAAUGAAAUUGAUGAGGAAACAGGAAGAACAAAUACUGUAAAUAGCGAAAUAUAUCGAUUUUUUUUUAUAAA